AUGGACAGCCUCGCAGAUUUCCACCGCGCCGAUCUGCCUCAUCGACUGCACGUGUACGCGACCAAACAUAACACGCACAUCACUUUUGUACAGCCUGCCAAGUCGGCGGCGCAGACGGUGUCUUCAGGAAUCAGCGGGACGAGCUCGUCAUCAGCAGACCAGAAGAAGCAGAUCGAUGUCCUGCUCUCACUUUCAACGGGUAACAUUGGUUUCAGAAAAGCUGGAAGAGGAAGCUACGAUGCAGCGUAUCAGCUGGCUGCAUUUGUGCUGAAGCAGAUUCAGGAUAAGGGAAUGACGAGAGACAUCCAGAAAUUGGAGGUGGUGUUGAGAGGGUUUGGCGCGGGGAGAGAAGCCGUGAGCAAGGUCCUGCUGGGGACUGAGGGAAGGCACAUCAGAGGAAGGAUAACGAGCGUGGUGGAUGCCACGAGACUGAAGCAAGGUGGGCCAAGGAGCAAGAAGCCAAGAAGACUGGGAUAG